AUGGUUCCUGUGCCUGUGUCGCCAACGAAGAGAGGCAAAUUCAAGGUGAAGACUCGACCUACGAGGCCAAGGAUCCAGACCACGUUCCCAGCUACGCAGCUCGAGACGCCGUUCCAAAUCACGCCGCUGCCGUCUUCAUCAGAGCAUGCUCGGCCUGCGAUGGAUGUGGUAGCCAUUGAUCCUGCGUAUUCUGAUGUCAGCAGUAUCGAGGAUGAAACCGACCUUGCGGCCGACUCAUCUGCGGAGGAGCCCACUCAGCAGCGUGCAGACAGUCCUGUGCUUGCUAAACAGCUUGGCGAGAAAGCAAGCUCAUUGGACACUGCUACCACGCAGUCAACCUACAAUCGCACGUUUCUCGAACACUGCAUCGAGCAUGAUCUGGGCAGUUUGAACAUCGCGAAUAGGUCAGAUGGUGAUGCCUACGAACGUCAGACGGUGAUCAAAGACCAUAUUCGCCCGAACGUACACCCUGAAAAUACUGACGAGCAGCGAAUCGGAACUUCUGUGCUUUGCAAUGAGUCAGAUGAGAACGACAGUGGGACGCCGGUAGCUGAUGGUCGCCUAUCUCGCUCAGGCACACGGUCUGCCAGCACCACCACCCAGUCACCACACUCACCCAUUCACACAAUCAUGGCCGCCAUGGCCCGCAUGCCCGGCGAACCAGACCCACAGCCCUUCCUCUUCGGCCUUGGUCCACUGCAAAUGCUUCGACUACAGUUUUCUCAGCUCCCUAGCUGCCAUAGUAACAUGCGAGCAGAUCCAUUCCCACCCGAAGCUCCCGUCUCAGAGAUGCCACCGCGAGCGUUCCAGCUCGACGGCGCAGCAGAGCACGAACGUGGCAUGAGCCAGGGUAUCAUGCAGCAUCUUCUGGAAGCCUACCACGCCACUGCCCAGUCUCCUAGCGAUCGAAGCAAGGCAAGCUCAUAUAUCGACGUCAUACGACGAUCUCGUCUGACUGCCUCGGAGGAAGUUCGGCAGGCACAGUUGCAGAAAGCCAAGGACGAGGGACUGCUCGGCCUCUAUGCUCAACUCCUAGCUUUUGAUACUGAGGACGAAGGUAAGAGGCGGAUUGCUCUGGAGCAGGUAGAGAGACAUCGAAAGGCGAGGGGCAAUACUUGGCCGAAGACGCUGGAUCGAGACCGCACUCCGACUCCGAACUCGCGGCGGGUGCGCUCUGCAGAGAUAUCAACGCCGCCUUCGGGACUCACCUCGAUACCUGAUGAGGCAGAUGACCACGGUCUGAGCGUGCCUAUGCCAGGAAACAUGUCUCAAGCUGAAGGUAGAAGCAGAGCUAAUUCCUCUGCAUCAAGCUUUUAUGAGGAAGGAUCAUACGGGAACGGUAUCACUCUGGAGCAGAGUUAUGAUGACUUUGUACUUGAUGAGGAGCGGACAAGAGCUGAACAGGCACGACAAUCGGCAACCGAUCAUAAGGCAGCUUUGAAACUAGCCAGACAAAUGGAGCUGGAGCUGGAGCGAGCGCGGGAGGGGCAAGCAGGUCGUAGAUCGCAUGGACUGUCAACUUCUGAAGCGUCAAGUUCAAAGGUGGACGAGAGUCGCCAAGAUGCUCUUCCGCCUGCCUCUGAUGCAAGUUUCCAUACUGAGCGAUCCGAGUCUGGUGACCCAGGCCCCAGCGAGCGCAAGUCCACGAAGCGUAGUAGCCGACUCAAACCUGCCACGAGAACUAUCAAGGGUGGCCCGAAAUUCUUGAAAGAAGUCGAGCGCCAUCUAUCUAGCCGAUCAGACCAUUACGAGACCUUUGUAGACAUCACAAAUGCCUAG